AAGAAGAAGAAGAAGAAGAAGUAGGAUGAGGAUGAAGAAGAAGAAGAAGAAGAAGAAGUAGGAUGAGGAUGAAGAAGAAGAAGAAGAAGUAGGAUGAGGAUGAAGAAGAAGAAGAAGAAGAAGAAGAAGAAGAUGAGGAUGAAGAAGAAGAAGAAGAAGAAGUAGGAUGAGGAUGAAAAAGAAUUCCAGUGCAGCAAAAAGUGUAUCUGCAGAGAGCUCCGCUAUUUCUGACAGUUCUCUGACAGUUCCUUCACAUUUACAGCGGUUGAAACAUUGUAUCUAUUUGUUUCCGAAUAAA